AUGUAGAUUAGAUGUACUAAAAUUGACCAUUAAAAUCAGUAUAUUAUAGGAAUUUGUGUGGAUAGCAAUUGUCCGUAUUAAAGACCUUAUUGUCAUUAUUGCUUACCUGAACAUAAUUCACAUCUUAAUAGAUUAAUACUUUUAGAAUUAUUAAAUGAUUGGAUUUUGAAACGAAUUCAUAUUAUUGAAGAUGUAUAAAAUAAUGUUUAAGAGUGCAAAUCAGUACUAGAUAAUCUUAUUAAUAAAUUUAUUCCUUACUUCAAUAUUAAUAUAGAAUAAUCAGGAAUCUCUGAGAUUGACAAUUUAAUUAAAGGUUUAUGUAAAAUGGAAAUUUGUGAGUAAUAAUUAUUUAAUCUACUCAAAUAAUCAACUGAAUAGAUUAAAUUAAUUAUAGAUGAAAUAUUAAUAAUAAUAAAAAGUUAAACAGGAAAAAAGUAGAAAAUUGAUAUAUAAGUUUAAUAACCUUAAUUAAUUAAAGAAUAAAAGUACCAAGUAAACAUGUUAUAACCAAAAUUAAAGCAAUUUACAUUUGAAUUGAUGAAAUAAAAUACAAUUAAGUAAGAUGAAUGGUGUAAUGCAAUCGCUUUUAAUAAAGAUUGUUCAAUAGUGAUAGCUGGAUGUUAAGAGAAAAUUAAAGUAUUUAAGCAUAAAGAUGGAAAAAUGAAUCAAAUAUAAAUAUUAAGCAAACAUAAAGGUGAUAUAAAUACAUUAAAUUUUAUGAAGAAUAAUAAUAAUUUUGUAUCAGGAAGUGAUGAUAAAUUAAUUAUUAUAUGGGAAAUGAAUGAAAAUAAUUUAUGGUAUUGUUAAUAAAUAUUGAAUGAACAUUCAAAUUUGAUAUAUUGUGUACUAUUGAACAAUAGUGAUGAUUUAAUUAUAUCUGGGAGUUGUGAUUCUAAAAUUAAAUUUUGGGUGAAACAGAAUUAAUGGUUGUGUUAAUAAACCAUAACAGAUCAUACUGAAAGUGUAUAUUCAUUAAGUUUAAAUGAAUAAUAAAAUAAACUCAUUUCUUGUUCAUGGGAUUUAUAAAUUUUAGUAAUAGAAUAAUCUUAAUCAGCAAAAAAGUGGAAUGUUAUAUAAAAUAUAGAAAUAGAUUAGGAUGGAUUUAGAUUAUGCUUUAUAAAUGAUUAUUAAUUUAUAUUCUAACCUAAAUUUAAAGAAUAAAUGCAUAUAUAUGAAAUAGAUAUCAAUACUAAAUAGUUUCAGAAGACUAAGGAAAUUACUUUUAAAUGUUGUUCAGAUGAUUAUUGUUUCUUUCCAUCAUAAUAUUUAAAGUCUUAAUCUUUGCUUUUAAAUAAAAAUGGUAAAAAUGUUUAUGUAAUUUAAAAAAAUGAAAAUGGUUACUUUACUAUUGAGUAAUCUAUUGAAUUUGGAGAUUUUGGAGUUUAUGGAUAAUUAAGUGAUGAUGGAAAGUUUUUAAUCACUUGGGACAAUAGUUCAAAAGAAAUAUAAAUAAGAUAAUGUUAGGAAAAAUGA